GAGCGCGCGAGUUAAAGAAGUGUUUGCUGCUGAACGUGGGCUACAGACGCUCAGCUUCACAUUCACAGCCUCCUUCCUGAAGAGUCACAGCACCAAACAGAGCAAAGGAGGAGUGAGGAGGAGGGAGGUGGAGGGGGGAACAACUAACAGGAGAGUCUGUGACAGAACUCCAAACCCAAGCUGGGAUCAAGGAGAAACAAGAAAGAGGAGCGGACUUCCACCUGGUCACACCGAGCCACCAUGAACGCCAGCGACGAGAACCUGCUGAAGUCCAUCAGCAACGACGCGCUCCUGGACCUGACGCAGCGCUACGGACAGUCAGCCUUCGGCUUCGGCGGGGGCCACGGCGCGGGGAGCCCCGGCCGCUUCCCGCUCACGCCCGCCGCGGACUUCCUCUCCGGGCAGACGGCGAAGUCCAACGAGAGCGGCGGGGAGCACACGAGCGACGACGAGGACGGCUUCGACUCGCUGGAGUCCCGGAAGAGGGGCUCUUCGUUCGGGGACGACAAGCCCGGGGGGCCCCUGGCCAAGAAGUCCAAGGAGCAGCGGUCCCUGCGGCUCAGCAUCAACGCGCGCGAGAGGAGGAGGAUGCACGACCUGAACGACGCGCUGGACGGCCUGCGCGCGGUCAUCCCCUACGCCCACAGCCCCUCGGUGAGAAAACUAUCCAAAAUAGCCACCCUCCUCUUGGCCAAGAACUACAUCCUCAUGCAGGCGCAGGCUCUGGAGGAGAUGAGGCGGCUGGUGGCGUAUCUGAACCAGGGACAGUCCAUAAGCUCCCCCAUCCCCACCGCCCUGGCGCCCUUUGGACAGGCGGCGGUCUACCCGUUCUCGGGCUCCGCGCUCGCGUCCACCUGUGCGGAGAAGUGUUCCACUUACUCCGGCGCGCCGUCGACUCUCUUCAAACACUGCAACGACAAGCCUUGAUUUGCUGCUGCUACUUUUAUUUAUUCACUUGUUUAUUUUGUUCCUGAACUUUUACAUCAUGUACUGCACCCGUGUCGGUCUCUGUCCCACUCUAGUUUAAUUAAGAAAUAAUAAUAAUAAUAAUGACAAUAAUGAUGAUAAU